GUCAAAACAGAAAAAUGUGCUUAUAAUGGAUCAUUUGUUUCCCGCAAGCAGCCCAUAUUCAUUGAAUCGGCAAAAUAGAAUUUCAGUUCAACAUGAUCAGUAUAUGUAAGAAAUAUGCUGGGAAUUUCCUAGUUGUCGCGAUCAUACUCAUCCUGUGUAAAUAUAUUUUACAAAAUAUUACGCAGAGUGAAAUGAGGGACGAAAUACAUAAGGAAACAAUACAAAAUACAGAGAGAAGAGACAAUAAACCCCUCAAUAUUAUACGACACACAAAGGAGAUGACAGAAGAUAGGUAUAGGGAUAUUAUACCAAACAUAGAUGAGAGAAUCCCAGAGAAGAAACAUGUGGAUAUUAAGGGAUACAAGAAAGAGACUACAGAGGAUAUAUCCGUUAACACUGCACAAAACAACGUUACUUUAAACCGAAAAAUGUACUACCCCAAUGGAACACUAAAACAAUUUAGAAACAAUGUAAGAAUUAAAGAAAUAUAUUCUAGAAUGAUGAAAGAAUGUCGAUCAGCUGAUCAAUUAAGAGAGUUAGAUACAAGUGAGCUUACUUUUCCAUUCGAACACUUUUUACUAAAAACAACUGCUGUCGUCAAAACUCAAUAUUAUAUCAACUUGAAAAAAACAUUGGCAAAAAUGCCCCCCAAUGCGCAGGUUCAUGUAAUCGGACUCACAAAAUCAUACCUGGAAUCAUUUUUAAAUUGGAUGAUAUUUGCAAAAAUAUAUGUCCGUCCCUAUAUCAGGAAUAUACUAGUCGUGACAUCAGAGAGUAAAUUAUGCGCAUAUCUUAAUGAGCUACGAUUUGAUUGUAUAUUCAUGGAACUGACUGAUAUAAUUAACAUUGACCUUAUUUACGAAGAUUUCAAAAUGAAUCCGGUUGUUCUUAAUAAUCCCAAUGGGUUAACUCCGGAGCAAACAAUUCUUCUCAAGAUUCAUUGGUUGAUGAGGAUUGUUACAUGGCGAUUGGUCAACUUCUUUGGAUUAGACGUAGUAACACAUGACACAGAUGCAAUACCUUUGAAGAACACAGAAUGGAUUUAUGGGAAAUAUCCUGAGGCUGAUUUCAUUGGACCAGCAGUGGGGCACAUCCCAGGCAAGCUUGUGAUUGGGUGGGAGUUCUACACAUUUAAUAUGGGAAUGGUGCUUAUGCGUGCAUCCCUCCAACAAAAGAAAUUUUGGAGUCAACUUAAUUUAUUCACAAAAGGAAGGACGUCUUAUAGCGAUAUAGAUGACCAAGUUGCAAUAAACUACGCAAUCUCAUGUUUCAAUAUCACAUGGCAACACCAACCAGUAAUUCUGUUCCCCGAGGGAAAAAUUAUUGGUGAUAAAAAACCAUAUAUGAAAACAGUAGAAAAUACUUUACUCACUGAAAUUGUCAGGGGAGUAAGUAAAUUAAAUGUAACAGUUGUAGGUGUACCAGGAAGGAUGUUCUGUCGAUUCGAUUGCGACGUGACUAGAUUUAGUCAGUAUUCCUUAUGGCAUAGUCCUGUGAAAACACUCAAUGGUGAACUAUGGCUUUUAACCAGUAAGUGGGAGGAUAUCGUUAAUAACACAGAUUUGGUAGGAACAGAUUUACUUGCCCGUAUUACCAACGACACUCACAUGGAAUUCUUAAGAAGCAUCGCCAAAUGAUAAUUUGUGAAGUUCAAAAGCCUUAUCCUAUGAUGACAGGUGUUCUAGAGCCUUACCAAUUGAAAACAAAUGGAUUUAUGCAAAAUUGAAGUUACAACGAAAAUAAUAUAUUCUGAUAUAACAAGGCAUUAACAUGCAAAAUG